AACCUGAAACCUCAUGGUUCCCAGUCGGAUUCAUUUCCGCUGCGCCAUGACGGGAACUUCUCAAGCCAGAUUUUGUUAGGUUUAGCCAGCUAUUGCUGUUUCAGUAACCUGCCUGUUUCUAUUUUUUGCCCAUUUUCUUACUGAUGUGUAAGAUAAAAAAUUCUUACGUUAAGAUUAGCCCUUUUAGAGUCCUCCUCUGGCACAGCAGGUUAAGGAUCUGGCGUUGUCCCUGCAGCUGCUUGGGAAAUUCCACAUGCCAUGGGCAUGCCCUCCCCCAACACCCCCGAAAAAAGAGAUUGGCCUUUUAUUCAGUCAUAGUCCUACAAAUAUAUUGUCUUUGCCUUUUUACCUAACAUUCUUUUCCUCCCCAAUUUGGUACUUUUUAUACAGUCUAAUUUAUUUCCUUUCUGGCUUCUGGGUUUUGUCAUGUUUAGAAAACUCCUCCUCACUUCAAAAUUAUUUUGUGAAAUUACUUGAUAAUUUCUCUGGAUAUUUUUCCAGAUUCUUUGUUACGUUUAUGAUUCUAGCCUAUCUGGAAAUUAUUUUAGGAUAACAAUUAGUUCCAAUUUUGUCUUUCCUGGAGCUCCCACUGUGGUGCAAUGGGUCAGGGGAGUCUUGGGAGCUCCGGGCUGCAGGUUUCAUUCCAGGUCCAGCACCGUGGGUUAAGGAGCCGGCGGUGCCGCAGCUGUGGCUUAGGUCGCAACUGAGACUCAGAUCUGACCCCUGGCCUGGGAGCUCUAUAUGCCACGGGGCAGCCAAAAAUGAAAACCAAAAAAACCCCCAAAAACCAACAAACAAUGUUUGUCUUUUCUAACCCUGGCUCUUUGAUCAAUGAGUCAGUUUUCUGGGAGUUUUAUCUUUUCUAACCUUGUCUCUUGAAUCAAUGAUUCAGUUUUCUGGGAGUUCCAGAACAAUCCAGAUUUCCCAGAUUUUUGGAGAUGUGAGUGAACCUGGCUGUUGACACAUAGCUGGUCGUGGCCUAGGCACCCCCGGCCCAACCCAGGUCUUUUGCUGCUCACUGAGUCCUUGGCCCAGACCCCAGUGGGGAACCCAGGCAGACCACUCUCACUGGGCCAUGGGGAUGCCAGGUGGCCCCUUAGUGACCUGGAUGCCCAUUUGACUGUAGCCUGGGCUGAGCCCUUCCUCAGUAAAUCUGGCCCUGGCUCCCUUCCCCUCUUCCCUCCCAUCCCAUCUGUGCACGGCCCUGCCUGCCCCUGCCGAUUCUCUGCGGAAAUUUGCAUCAUGCGGCAGCAGGAGGGCUCUUGAGGACUGCUGCACCGAGCCAUGGUCUGCUCGGCCGCCCCUGCACUGCUCCUGGCCAUGACUCUCCCCCUCGUGGGGUCACCAGUUGCCCGAGCAUCCCAGCCUGGACAGAGCCAGGCUGGAGGGGAAUCUGGGCAGCCACUGGACCAAGAAAGUGGAGCAGGUGAAUCAGCCCUGCUCUCAGUCUAUGCACAGCUGGACUUCGCACAUGAGACCUGGCCAGCAGCGCUCUCGGGACCCCUGACUCUCCCCGCUGCCUCGGGGUCCUUUGCCCCCGUAACGCUCACUGGCCUCAGCCUCACCACAGAGUGUAAGGUCAACCAGGAUGGGUGUAGCUAUUGUGCCUGCCUGUCUGGGUACCAGUGGAACGCCAGUGUCUGCUCCCAUCACGAUCCCUGCCAAACCCACCUCAAGCACCAGCCUUGUGGCUGCCUUGUCUUCAGCCCCAUGGAAGCCGGGUACUGCCAGCUGCUGCCACCUGUCCCCGCCACUCUGAGCCUCAACUCCUGGCUGCAGAUGCCUGGCAGCACCCUGAACCUGACCCUCCUCACAAGCCAGGAGACCACCAACAUGAACUGGUUCCUGUGGCGCACAGGGAGCCCAAGCCCUGUCCUCCUGUGGGCAGGGACACGUGUGUCCCUGACCUCCAGCCCGGGCCGGGCUGUCCUCAGCAUCAUGAACAUCUCCCAUAAAUGGGCAGGUGAGUACAUCUGCUGCUUUGAGGCCCAGGGAUUCAGGUGGGAGCUGCAGCAGGUGGUGAGAGUGCCCCUGCGGGAGACAGACGUGACUCGGCUUCCAGACCAGCUCUCCAUCUCCUGUGCCACCUCCCCCGGCUUCCAGCUGAGUUGCUGCAUCCCCCGCACACACCUGGGAUACAUGGCCUCCUGGAGCCCCAGAGAGGGCAGUGAAGCCGCCUUAGUCCACACAGCGGACUCCCAGUGCUUUGGGCUGGCUGUUCAGCACUGCCCUACAGCUGACACCACGUACACCUGUGACCUGCAGAGCCCGGGACUGACCCCUGUCAGGGUCGCUGUCUCUGUCACCGUCAUCCAGGAUGGAGACGCCACCUGCCCUGAGGAAGCCUCAGCUGUGGCCUGGAACGUCACCAAGGCUGGCCAUGUGGCACAGGCCCCGUGUCCGGGGAACAGGACGGGCAUGGUGAAGAGGGCUUGUGGGCCGGAUGGGGUCUGGGGGCCCAUCCACAGCGGCUGCACAGACACGGGGCUCCUGGCCUUGCAUCAAAGAGUCCGGCUGCUGCGGGCAGGCCAGGGCUGGCCUGUGACAGAGGUGCCACAGAUCCUGGCUCAGCUGCUGGAACAGGUAGUGGUGGUGGCCUCACCCUCCGACUUACUGGCACUGGUGCACACCAUGACAGUCCUGGCCAAGGUGGUGGCAGAUGCCAGAAUACAGCUCAACUACAGCGGCCUGGAGGCUCUUCUGAACACCACGGACAAGGUCCUUGACAUGGACUCCGGAUCCCUGUGGACUCCGGCCCGGGCCCAGAAGCCCUUGGUGGGCUCCAACCUCCUGCUGGCUGUGGAGAUGCUGGCACGCAGCCUGUGCCCACAGGACCAGCCCUUCUCCUUCGUCUUGCCCAACGUGCAGCUGCAGACCCAGCUCCUGGGGCCCACGUCUCCUGCUGACUACAGAGUGUCCUUCCCGACUCAGCCCCCGCUGCGGGCAUGGAUUCCCCGGCACUCACUGGCCCCACUGAGCCGUAACGGCACCAAUGUCAGUAUUACCAGCCUGGUGCUGCAAAAACUGGACCACCUUCUGCCCUCGAACUAUGGACCAGGGCUGGGGGACUCUCUCUCUGUCACUCCUGGUCUGGUCCUCGUCAUCUCCAUCACGGCAGGUGGCCAGGUCUUCAACCAGGGAGAGGUCAUCAUGGACUUUGGGGACACAGAUGGCAGCCCCCACUGUGUCUUCUGGGACCACGAUCUCUUCCAGGGCAAGGGGGGCUGGUCUGACGCAGGGUGCCGGGUGCAGGCAGCCAGUGCCAGCCCUACCACUCAGUGUAUCUGCCAGCACCUCACUGCCUUCUCCAUCCUCAUGUCCGGACACACGGUUCCCCAAAACCCCACCCUGGAGCUGCUGAGUCAGAUGGGCUUGGGGGCCUCCAUUCUGGCACUGCUGCUGUGCCUGGGCGUGUACAGGCUGGUAUGGAGAAUCGUGGUGCGGAACAAAGUUGCCUACUUACGCCACGCAGCCCUGCUCAACAUGGUGCUCUGCCUGCUGGCCGCAGACACCUGCUUCCUCGGGGCCUCACUGCUUCCUCCAGGGCCCCGCAGCCCCCUCUGCCUGGCCGCUGCCUUCCUCUGUCACUUCCUCUACCUGGCCACCUUUUUCUGGAUGCUGGCCCAGGCCCUGAUGUUGGCCCACCAGCUGCUCUUUGUCUUCCAUCAGCUGUCCAAGCACCGAAUGCUCUCCCUGAUGGUGCUCCUUGGCUACCUGUGCCCACUGGGGUUCGCAGGUGUCGCCCUGGGCCUCUACCUGCCCCGAGGGCAAUACCUGGGGGACGGGGAGUGCUGGCUGGACAGGAAGGGAGGGGCGCUCUACACCUUCGCGGGGCCAGUGCUGGCCAUCGUGGGCGUGAACGGGCUGGUACUCACCAUGGCUGUGCUGAAGCUGCUGCGACCUUCCCUGUCGGAGGGACCCCAGGUGGAGAGGCGCCAAGCCCUCCUGGGCGUGCUCAAAGCUCUGCUCAUUCUCACACCCAUCUUUGGCCUCACCUGGGGGCUGGGCUUGGCCACUCUGCUGGAGGACAUCUCCGUGGUCCCGCACUACCUCUUCACAGUGCUCAACGCCUCCCAGGGCGUCUUCAUCUUAUUGUUUGGUUGCCUCACAGACAGGAAGGUCCAAGAGGCUUUACGCAAACGCUUCUGUCGCGCCCAGCCCCCCACAUCCACCAUCUCCCUGACCACAAAUGAAGCCUACAUCCCGGAACAGAGCAAAGGAAGAAGCCAGGAUGCCAGGUGAGAAUGAAGCCCUGGGAGCAGCGUGGAGCGAGGAUGAGGAUACGAAGGGCUUUCCAGCAAAGCUCUAAAAAGGAAACUCCUCUUCAUAUGCCUGUCCCAACCCAAAAGACAGAACACAGACUUCUCCAAGUAGAUGUUUCUAGAUGGGCUGGAGAAGGCGGAGGCCUCAGAGAGCAGUGGACAUGGCAUCCCCUCCUGCUUUCCCAGAAAGACGGAAGGAGUGUCACCACCGCCAACCCUUGAGUUAGCUCACUCUGAAAAUUCCUUUUCACACUAUCAAAAUUUUAGUUAACCUAAAAAACAAUUGUUUUGAAGGAAUUGCAUUGGUGGGUCUGGUGUCCAGAGGGUAGGGUAGACGGCAGAGGCUUCAGGGCCAGCAUCUUUCAUGGGGAAGACAGAAGUUUGAGUGACCCACUUGCAGAGCCUGGUUCCUUCAAGGGAGCCAAGGGUGUGUUCUUGAAUCCAGGGACAGGACACUUCCCAGCUCAGCCCUGGGGAAAGAUAGGUUUGUUUCCAUUAGUCACACUCAUUUCUCUCGAAGCUCACCUGUCCCCACCCCUAAAUUUUCUAAGCAAGAAAAGCAUGAAAAACCAGUUAAAGCUACCUAAUACCUGUCUUUGCUGAAAAAGCAAUCAACAGAUAUCAAAGUUCAAAAUAAUUACAAGUAAAACUGUCUCAACUAAUUUUUAACUAAUCAACAGUUCAUGUUACAGAUAUAUUUGAUAAAAAUGGUUUUAACUAUUCAGUGAUUUCUUGUCUGAUUAUUUCUUCUCUCUAGUUACAAAGAAAAAAUGGCUUAAUUGACAGGAACUCUGACCUUCCAAACGUUGGAGGCGAAGGGGAGAAUUUGGUUUCUCUUUUCAAAAUUUAGGAAAAGGUGAAAUUAAUAGGUCCUUUUUUCUUUAACCUCUAUAAAACACAGUACUAUGAAAUGUAAGUUUCAGGAGUUCCCCUUGUGGCUCAGCAGUAAGGACCCUGACUAGUAUCCAUGAGGACGCAGGUUCAAUCCCUGGCCUCGCUCAGUGGG